AUGGGAUGCAUUCCAGUUGAACUCAGCAGGGCAGUGCAGCAGGUGCGGCGCAGGCUGGCGUCCCGCAGGACCGUGUCCCCCGGCGCCUGCAGGCAGGAGAAACCAGACCCCUGCCUGGGAGCUGUGGUGCCCAUGGAGGAGAGUGAGGAGCUGCUGCUGGCAGGACACCACGAUCUGCCUGCUGAGCUGCUGCAGCAGGGCACAGCUGCAAAUGGCACUGGGCAGCAUGAUGACUUCUACAUCAAAAUUGAAAUGGAAAAAGUCUGUGAUGGGUCAGUGGAGGACUCGAGCCUGCCUGGGCCUCCUGGGAGGCCACACAGUGAAUACCAACCUCCCCUCAAACUCUGGGCUGGUGUUGACCAAGAGGAAACCAGGAAGCAGCGGCAGAGCGAGUUCCUGCGGUGCCGGCGCCUCUUCAUGGCCCUGGAGCGGCAGCGAGUGAGGGAGCAGCAGCGGCAGCGAGACAGGCAGCACAGAGUUGCCCAGAUUAAGAGGCAGAAGGAGAAUCAGCGCCGGGCAGAGGAGCAGAGGAUGCGAGACAUGGCUGAGCUGCAGGAGCCCUCCCCAGGAAAGGGAGCCUGGGAAGCUCUGGCUCAGCUGCAGCUGGAGGAGAGGAGAGUGAGGGACAGACAGCAGCGGGACAAGGAGCACAUCAGGUAUGUUGAAGCUCUGAGAGCCCAGAUGAGAGAGAAAGUCAAAUUCUGUAACAUCGACUUGCCCCCACUGUGUUCCUGUGGGUCUGAUUUCUGGGAUUCCCACCCGGAUACCUGUGCCAAUAACUGCGUCUUCUACAAAAACCACAAAGCCUACAGCCAGGUGCUGCACUCGGUGAUCUCCUCCUUCGCCCACGCAGCCGCCCGGCCUCUGCAGGAGCUGGCUGCUCUGUGUGCUCGUGCGGGGAAGCGUCUGUGAGCAGGGCAGCUCGGUGUCCCCGUGCCUGCUGGGAGAGGGAGGGGGCUGGGCCGGGUCCUGCCUGCCCCUCCACGCCAGCUGCCAGGACGCUGUCACCUUUGCUCUCACAGCACCGUCUGUGCUGUGCCUCUCCCACUCUGCCCCAGGUGUGCAGUCGGCCAGGGCGAUGGUCGAGGUGAACGAGACAAUUGCUCUGUGGGGUUGGUUUAUGGCAGGCACUUGCAUUCCAGCAUUUGACUGUGGAAUAAACUGUUU